AUGAUGGCGAUAAGCUCCGAAAAGGAACUCAUCCUGCGACUACCCGAGGAAAUCCUGCAACAGAUCAUCGAGUAUGCCGCCCCCAUCGAGGGAGCUCGCAAGCUCGCUAGAACAUGCCGCCGACUGCGAGGGAGCGUCCUCCCUCUGAUGUAUCGCAAGCUCAGCAUCGACACAGACAGCCACGAGCGCCAGCUACUGCGACUGCCUGUAGAAGAGCCAACAAUGUCGCUAUUUCAGCUUCACUGCCGGGAGCUCCGUGUCGCCAUCGAUGACUCCAAACCGCCAGCGAAUGCACCUUUCCCCUUGCUAAGGGAGCUUGUCUGCCAUCUCCCCAAUGUCCACAAGAUGACUGUCCACGGUGGAUACGACAGACAUCCCCAAGAGGCCUGGGCGUUGAUUCAACUGGCGCUGCAGAAUAUUCCGCGUGUCCGGUCACUCAAACUAAGCCGCGAGGGUUGGGGACUUUACUUGCGCGAUGCUUUCCGACAUACCGAAUCUUCGUCCCUCCAGAGUCUAGAGAUACAUGGGGUAUCCAGGCCAAAAGACGCGCGUGCAGAUGAUUACAUCCUAGGAGAGAAGAAACGAACCGCCGCAUUCACAUCCAUCACCCUGAGUGAUUAUGAGGAAAGCGCCCUCGCAACAGAACAGCUCAUCCAGUGGCCCAGAGCACUCACUCACUUCCACUUCGACCACUACUACAACAACAACCCAUUCUACAUGGACCUCCCCAUGUUCACCACCUGGCUAUACCCACACCGCGAAACCCUCCGCUCAAUUUAUAUCGGGUAUCUCUCCGGCGACAGCAUCGGGGCCCUCUUCAACGCAUCCGCCUUCCCAGAACUAGAAACCCUCACGCUCUCCCGGUGGCAGAUAGGCCCCUACAACGGCCGCGGACUGCCCGAGUUGACUUACGCCCCUGAUACCGCGGCCCAGCUUCUCGCGCCUAACCUGCAUACAUUCACCCUCGACUUUUCCCUCUUCGACGAGUACGAAGAGGUCUUUACCGACUUUAUGGAUCCGGAGGAGCAGUGGGUGCGUGCGUUUGCCAGGGACGCUCUAGCAUGCAAUUCUAAGCUGCGUACGAUUAAAAUCCACUUUACCCCUAUUGAUCACUUUGCCAGUGGGAUGCAAGAGGCUGGAUACCCGUGGGAUCGCGUGGAUAGGCUACGUGAUGAGUUCAGCCCGUAUAGACUGGUGAUAGAGUAUAAUGAGCCGCUCCUGACCAAGAAGGAGUGGUUGGAGGUGAGCAAGCCCGUGGAGCGAGGCAGGUAUGAAGCUGAAUUGAGCUGA